AGCUCCGAUCCUCUGCACCGCCAGGCGGACGGAGGCACGAAGCAGAGGAAAAUGGCGGACGGUGUGGAUCAUAUCGACAUCUACGCCGACGUAGAAGAGGAAUUUAAUCAGGAAUCGGAGUAUCCAGUUCACGAGCAGAUUGACUUGUACGAUGAUGUGAUAUCCCCAUCUGCCAAUAAUGGAGAUGCUCCAGAAGACAGGGACUACAUGGAUUCAAUGCCUCCAUCUGGCGGUUCUGACGGAGGGAAGAGUAAUCCACCCAAUGUGGUGUACACCUAUACAGGCAAACGGAUUGCUUUGUACAUCGGCAACCUUACAUGGUGGACAACAGAUGAAGACCUGACUGAAGCCAUUCGUUCAGUAGGCAUUACAGAUGUGCUGGAGAUAAAGUUCUUUGAAAACAGGGCUAAUGGCCAGUCAAAAGGGUUUGCUCUUGUGUGUGUUGGUUCUGAGGGAUCAUCCAGGAAACUGAUGGACCUGUUGUCCAAGAGAGAGCUUCAUGGUCAGAAUCCUAUAGUCACACCGUGCAAUAAACAAUCCCUAAGCCAGUUUGAGAUGCAGUCACGCAAAAGUACUCAAUCUGGUCAGAUGUCAGGGGAAGGUAAAGCUGGUCCCCCUGGUUCAGGCCAUCGCUCCGGAUUCUCAAUGGGCAACAGAGGUCGAGGCAGGUAUCCUGGUCCACCUGGUUCUGGAGUAGAUCGUUUCCCUCCUGGCCCCAUAGGCCCUGGAGGCCCACCACCCCACUUUCCUGUUGUUUUCAUAGGUGGAAUGCAGGGUCUUCCACGUCCUCCCCCUGGUCCUCCUGGCCCCCCUGGUCCCGUAGGACCACCCCCUCCUGGCCAGGGUCUACCCCCACCCCUCGCAGGUCCUCCUAAUCGUGGAGACAGACCUCCUCCUCCUCCUGUUCUCUUCCCUGGCCAGUUUGGUCAGCCUCCACUGGGACCUCUUCCCCCAGGCCCUCCUCCUCCAGGGUAUGGUCCUCCUCCUGGCCCCCCACCUCCUCAGCAAGGCCCACCUCCUCCGGGACCCUUUCCUCCUCGCCCUCCGGGCCCUAUUGGACCACCAUUGGCUUUGGCCCCACCUCCACAUUUGCCGGGCCCCCCACCAGGUGCUCCUCCACCUGCGCCUCAUGUGAACCCUGCUUUCUUCCCCCCACCUGGCAACAACAGCUUGCCCCCUAACGACAGCCGAGGGCCACCCGGGCCAAACGACCCUUAUGGACGCCCACCACCAUACGAGAGAGACUACGGUCCUGGAGGCCGAGACAUGGACUCAUCACGGACUCCAUUGAGUGAAGCAGAGUUCGAGGAGAUCAUGAACAGGAACAGAGCCAUCUCCUCCAGUGCAAUAUCUCGAGCUGUAUCAGAUGCCAGUGCAGCCGAUUAUGGCAGCGCAAUAGAGACUUUGGUGACAGCUAUUAGUCUGAUUAAGCAAUCCAAAGUCUCAGCCGAUGACCGCUGUAAGGUUCUUAUCAGUUCUCUGCAGGACUGUCUCCACGGCAUUGAGUCAAAAAGCUAUGGUUCAGCGUCAAGACGUGAGCGGUCUAGAGAGCGUGACCAUAGCCGCUCCAGAGAAAAGAGCCGGAGACACAAGUCCCGCAGUCGGGACAGGCAUGAAGAUUAUUAUAGAGAGCGCAGCCGCGAGCGUGAUCGCCAUCGUGAACGAGACCGUGACCGCGACAGGGAAAGGGAGCGGGAGAGGGAAUAUCGCCACCGUUAGCCAGGAAGGAAGCUAACGAGGAUCAUGGACAGAAGGAAGGAAAAGGAGGAACUCUUUCAGUGCACCGCCACCACAGCCCCUGCUCACCCUGCAUGACCGGACAAGACACAUCCGCCGACUCUUCCUCCACACCCCCCCUCCAUUUCCCUUCUCCUUCUCCACCCAUCCUUCUCUGUCUGUUGCCAGCCUGACAGUGGAAGGAGGACCCGAUAUGUGUAAGACCUUGUUCUCCACGUGUCUUUACUUACCGUAACUAAAGAAAAAGAAAAACUUUCCAAAAGCUCUUUUACUUUGUUUUAUUUGACAUGAAGAGUAUGUGACGCUUCCAUGCAAAGAAAAGAAAUAAAGUGGCUACGCAAUUCACGAAAAGAAAAACACAAACAUUACAUCCUACAUUUUUUUAUUUUGCUUUUUUCUCCUCAUUGUAUUAUGUACAUUCAGUUUAGAAAAGUUUUUAUUGGGGUUAUGUUUGAUGUUUUUCCUCUCCUGUCUUCUGUGUUUUUCAUUCUCUUCAUGGUUAGUAUGUAAGUGUUGCUUUUUCCGAUUAAAGACUAGAUGGUGUUGUAAUAAAAAUGUUUACUGAGGUAGCUCUGCAUUUGGUGAAUUCCUCUGCACAGUUGAUUCAUUUACAUUAAAUGUUUGUUUGGACUGCAAAAUGUUUUUAAACAUUUCAACAAUAGCUGGAGCUCUACAAGGGAAACACUGCAGUUUGGAUUUUGCUUAAACUGGAUAGAUCUGUUACCACUUAAGACAAGUUAGAUGAAUAUUUUAUUUUUUUGUAUGAGUAAUAUUAAAUGAAGCGACCAAAUUUUAACCAAAGGUGGUUUUCAGCCCCCACUGUGAGCUAAAAAUGAAGAAUGUGUUUCUGCAUCUUAAUGCACUGAAUCAGCUAAACAAGAUUUUACUCUCUUCUCCAGUUGAUGCAUCAAUGGUUUCAUCUUCAUGAAAAAAUGCUUAAGGUCCCAUGUGAAGUCACUUGUGUUGUCUUUUAUGCUCUUUGCGUAUUUUUUUACCGUUGAACGGACAAUGGAACUAGCUUUCAUGUCAUCAACUCCAUACUUUAUGGCGAAAUUUAAAAAAAGAAAAAAAUAAUUCAGCUGUACGUAAAGUUGGCGCUGUGAUUAUUUUAAACCAGGCGGGUGUUAACACUGGCGAGUUGUAGUGUUUGAUUUUGUUUUGUCAAUUGAAUUUAAGUCCUAAGUAACAGAAUCACUGCAUACUUUUAAUGUGAAGGCUGUUUUGAGUCUUGUGAGUUUGAAUGACCCCAAAUAAUGCUUUGCAAAAUGUUUUAAAGAAAUUUGUAAAACAUGCAUGUUGAGGUAAAGGUAAGAAAAUGAGGCACCGAGCUUUUUUAUUUUUUUCCUUUUACACUAGUAUAUUUUGUAUUGUUUAGAUUCAUUUGUUCUGAAUACGUAGAAUAUUUUGUUCUCCAGAAGUCUAAAGAGAAUCUCCUGAAAAUCAGGAAGGUUUGGCUUUAGAAGGGUUAUUUGGCAUCACACUAGAGGAUCUGUGGAGUUUGGGAUGAUGUCUAAAACCACUCUGCUUUCUGUGCAAGUUUCAUUCCCAGCAAACAAGGUAAGUGUCCUCAGGUCUACACGUCCCACUGACAACCGCCAUGUCUGAUAACUGCAUCAAGCAAGAUGAAACUACAUGGCGAGUGUUAAAAUAUAUGGAAUUUUUUGUAUAUUCUUUGCAUUUUAUUACUGAUUACUUCCAUUUUUAAAACCUUUAAAUGUAAGCCACAUGAUGAAAAGCAAGUUUCUGUUCAAAAAAAGUUUUCAAUUUUAUGUCACAUUUUAAACAGAUGAGCAGGGCUUUUCUGAUGUCAUUAACUUGGUACAGUGUGUUUGUAUAUAGGUGAAAGUUUUUUUCUUUAUACUGAUUUGAUUGGUUAAGGCAUAGAACAAACAGAGGGUACUAGUUUAUUAGGGGGUGUUGUACAUGUGCCUUGAUGGAGUCCUGGUGAGUUCAUUGUCAUUUCUUUAAAUAAAAUGUUUUCAAUUA